GAAUUUGCGGAUCCACCAUCGAGGGACAACCCGUCAAUUGUACGCACCGACAAGGCCAGACGCUACUUCCCCGGAGGAACAGACAUCCUUGGUAAAAGACAUACUCAGAGUAGCAGUCAUGAUGGCAGUUUCUCGGCUCUCUCUCUCGACCUCCACAACCACAGCCGAAUGGCAGUUUGCCUCCUUGUAGCCCAACCCGGCAACGUUCCCUGGAUGGAAGAGGGAGGGGGUGGAGGGAGCAAUACGGAGAUGACCCUUGACCGCACUGGAUUGGCACCCACAAGUCAGUUGUCAUGUUUCCCAACGCUGGCACCCGGAACCACACAGAGUUUGGAGGAGACCGCCCACGAGGGCAUCCAAGGUCCCCGCCAGUCUCAACAUCCAAAGUUGGACUUGUGUCGGCAAGGAAGGACCGAGAAUCGACACCAGUUCAACCCCGGACCACGCAAAAGAGGGACAGGGGGGAAGGGCAAGAACGGGUGUAAAGAUAAACAGGCAGUGAUAGCAGAUCCCGGGGAAUUAAACAAGCCAGGGUGCGCCCCAAAGCCUCAACUAUCUACUCCGGAGUCCAGUUACUGUCUCUCCUUCUCCGAUAGUGGUUCACACACGACUCGGUGCGAGGGCCAGUUUCGGUACACUGCAAAAGCUGAAGCAUACGGAGACUCCGAUAGGCCUUGCGUCGCUCAUGUCCACGGUCUAUCCCAUGCCUCUCUCACCAUCCGCUUGUCCCUGGCUAGAUGUGCUUUCGCCCGUGUCGCUCGUCAUAAUCCAACCAGCCCUUUAGAUAUAUACCCAGGAUUAUCUUGCCAUGUGGAAUGGCCGUGGCGAUCGGUAGCACUCGCUUGGGCCAUCAUCAGCGGGAAAUGGACGAACGAUCCAGAUAGAACGAAAGAGGGGAGAUAUAUCGAGACGGAGGAGGAUGAUCCCGGGAGAUGGGACAAGGAGACUUUCCUAGAGUACAUAUUAGUGAGAAACGGGCCAACCCAUCAGUAUCGAUCAAUAAGUAGUCCUGCGAGAGUAGUGAAGCUCGAGGCAGACAACGCGCGCGCAGAGAUAGAGGGGAGAAAGAGAGAGAAAUGGAGCGGGGAAAGGCCAAUGCGCGUUGACCGCAAAGGCGCGCAGCUCAAAACCCGUUCCGGCGGCCGGCCGUCACUCACGCUCUCAUUCUGGACUAUGUAG